ACGACGUCGGUCAAUAUAUCUCGGUUUACUUCUCGCUAAAGUUCUCUGAUAUAAUCGCGCUUGUAUACAUGCGAAGCUAAAAUUUUAUGUUUAUUUGUAUCAAUGUAGAUUAACUUUAAUCCCGGAUUAAUUUUACCCUUUGUUUUUUUUUUCUCUUUUAGUUCUAAGAAUUAGAAAGAGAUAAAGAACGAAUUAAAUUGAGAUUAGAGUUAAUCCACAUUGGUAGAAACGUAAAACGCUAAAGGAUUGAUGAAUCAACCUGUUAACGUUUCUUGAAGAGCAUAAAUUGAAAGAAUUCGCGACGUCAUUCUUUCCGGUCGUAUCCCAGUGUAACGUAGCGCAUUUUCCUUGUGCAACAGAAGCUGCUUUCGGGCGACGAGAGCGAUCCGUGUUUUCGAAAGGAUAAAUGUCCACACUCGAACCGAAGACGCCUCAGUCAGAAUCGUCGAACAUGAGUGAAGUAGCGCUGGACAUGCCGGUGGAUGCCAUGGAAGGCUCCGAUACCUGUCGCAUCGAUAUGCAAACUGCAGUUUUGGCCGUCAAUGAACAAGGUGAAACAGAUGAUAAACCUAUAAAUUAUCGUGAUGUAGUUGAGCAGAUGCGGGAUUCAUUUUAUAGAAGAAAAUCGAGGCCGUUAGAAUGGAGGAUCAAACAGUUGAAACAGGCUUUACGUAUGCUGACGGAAACCACCUCAGAAAUCUCAGAAGCACUGGCAAAGGAUUUGCAUAGAUGCAAGUUUGAAACGUUUGCAUUAGAAAUUGAUUAUACAAUCCAAGAAAUUAAGUACAUGCUCAUGAAUAUUAAGGAGUGGUCAGCAACAGAGAAGCCACACAAGGCAUUGGCGUACUUCUUCGACCAAGUGGAAAUUCGACAAGAUCCUUAUGGAGUUGUAUUAAUCAUGGGUGCGUGGAAUUAUCCUGUUCAGCUGACUGUAUUACCUAUGAUGGGUGCUAUUGCUGCUGGAAAUUGCGUGAUUUUGAAACCCUCUGAGGUUGCCUCAGCUACAGCGAAAUAUUUAUACGAAACCAUUCCAAAAUAUUUGGACACGGAGUGUUGCCAGGUAAUACUGGGAGGAAUCUCAGAAACGACAGAGUUACUCAAGCAGCGUUUUGAUUAUAUUUUUUACACUGGAUCCUCUAUGAUUGGAAAAAUCGUACGGGAAGCUGCUAAUAAACAUCUCACCCCUGUUACAUUAGAGUUGGGUGGAAAAAGUCCUGUAUAUAUAGAUAAUACGGUGGAUAUGUCAAUGGCAGUAAAACGCAUUUUAUGGGGUAAAUGCAUUAACGCUGGUCAAACCUGUAUUGCACCCGAUUAUAUGUUAUGCACGCGCGAAGUACAGAAUAAAUUUAUUGAGGAAGCUAAAAAGGUCUUACAAGAAUGGUAUGGUGAAAAAUCACAGGAGAAUCCUGACUUGGCACGCAUUAUUUCGGAAAAACAUUAUCGACGACUUGCCGGUUUUUUGAACGACAAAAGCCAAAUUGCUAUUGGUGGCGAUGUAAAUCCUGUAGAAAAGUUUAUUUCGCCUACAAUACUUGUUAAUGUCAAACCAGAUGAGCCAAUCAUGCAAGAAGAAAUAUUUGGACCAAUAUUGCCUAUAAUUAACAUUAAUAAUGCACUCGAUGCAAUUAACUUCAUCACCAAACGUGAAAGCCCACUCGUACUGUACGUAUUUUCUACGAGCAAGGAGAUACAAGAUCAAAUUAUAGACCGGGUCAGCAGCGGAGCCGUGUGCGUCAACGACACGGUAUUGCAAUAUGCCGUUGAAACUCUACCUUUUGGAGGAGUAGGAUACUCCGGCAUGGGAGCCUAUCAUGGAAAAUUCACGUUUGAUACAUUCACACAUAAGAAAGGUUGUUUGAUUCGAAAUUAUAACAAACUUGCAGAGCAAGUGGCACAAGCCCGUUUUCCGCCUUACUCCGAUAAAAAAUUGAAAUUGCUUAGACAUUUGAUCGAAAGAAGACCUUCUAUACCUAUUUUAAAAUAUUUUCCAUAUUUAUUUAUGUUCGGUCUCGGAGUGCUUGCCACAAUCGGAAUCAAAGCUGCAAUGAAGGAAUUUAAUUACACGGAGGAGCAGAUGUAACACAGCGGUACCAUGCAGCACCUUUAAAUGCAUCUAUACAGUACAUGUUGAAUGUGUCAAUUACUUUUUUUUCAAUUUUAGUCUUAUAAUUCAAUGUAGAAUAUAACAAUUCUUAUACAAUGUUUUUAGUUUUAUAAAUGCACAUAUAAAUAAAUAAAUAUAUAUAUAUAUAUAUAUAUAUA